CAUGCCUCGCUGGGAUACUUUUUCAGGUGUGAAUGGAACUGUCCGAUAUCUGCGGAUGGGUGUCCACCGAUUGGAGUCAGUUUCUAUGAGGCGAAGGUAACGCUAUUCAAGCGAUACUAUGAAAUUAUCUCUUGCCCGGAAGACUUCCCAAGAGGGACAUUGCGACUGUACUCCUGUUCCGAGCUAGCGGUUCGGUCACCCCAGCCCUCAAGGCUAUUGGUAUUCAUCAAUGUCGCAAAGAAGACAAACAGACCAUUGAAAUCUAUCUGGCAAGCUCCUUUUCGACCAGUGGGCGAUGCCGAGACUCGUCAUGUUUGCCGGUGAUGUGCCUCUCCUGGAGGACAUACGGGACCCCUUCAUGACCUGGCUCAUCGAUUCCGAUGUGCAGGAGGCGUUACCACCAAUCGAGAAAGGGUGGUAUGACUCAUUUGCCUCCGGCAGUAUUCGCGGCCUAUCGGAAUGUUUGUUGGCCAACUCCGAACUGUCUGACUCCUUUACACACUGGUUCUCGGCGGCGGCAGCGUGCCACACGUCCAAUACAGCCUACAUGGUCAAUGCAUACACGAGUGCUGCCAAGGUUGCAUUUCGCCAGGCUAAAACCACCCAGGCUGCAAAAUCUGGAACUCUACAGGGGCUGGGAAGAGAUCAGAUGGAGAGAUUACCCUUGUACUGGAGACUGCGUCUUUCUGGCGACUCACUCUUAACUCAGGCUAUCGAAGUGGGCGUUGAUACGGUUGAGGGCUGGAGAUCCGGCGAGAUGCUGGAAUUACUCGUGCAGGGAAGGGCUCUCUAUCUCAGUGAGAUCGCAGACCCACAGGAAUCUGAGAAGAAUCCUCAUGCAGACCGCAUCGUGGCUAAUUCAGAAGUUGGAUUCCUCAUGGGGAAAUACUACAGAGCUUUUGGUCGGAACAUCGAGGCGAUGGCCUGCUACGCCGCACAAGUCAAGCAAUGUAUUCGGCUCUCGAGCGACAAUGAUCCGUUGAAUGAUGGAAUGGCAUUUCGGCGACUUGGGGAUGUCUUCGCCGGUCUGGGGACAAGGAGUCACGAUGUGGCAUCAGAGUUACUCGCUCACUCAAUACGAUAAUGACAGCAAUGGCGAGGAUGAGGGGUUGGUCGAACAGUCUAUUAUUUGCAGGGGAUGUUACAGGUCCGUUGAGAUCAGCAAUAUCUCGAUUUGCCGAUAUUGUCACAACAUUAUACUCUGUGUGACGUGUUUGCCACUGGGGAGGAGCGAGGUAUUGCUGUCAAUAUCUGCCGUCAAAAGCAUGGAUCCUGCUUCCUCCCUACCAGAGAGCCUUAAGGCAGCAUGGUGAAGGACAGAACGAUAUGGUGUUUGUGGAGGAUCAUUGGAUCAGGCUCGACGAGCUCAAAUAUCGAUAGAUGCUGAAAUGGGGCAUCAAAUAAAGAGAGUGAUCCCUAGUACGC